AUGAGCUCCCUGGUCAGCAGCUCGCACCUCCAGCUCGCCGCCUUUGCUCUUGGUACGGUAGGCUGGAUCCUAUGCACAGUUUCAAUGGGAACUGUGGAAUGGAGAGUGUGGCACGUGGCCAACACCACCAUCAUCUCCUCCGGCAUUGCCUGGGUGGGGAUUUGGAAAGUCUGCUUCAUCAGUUACUUUCAGGUCUCACCUGGCUAUAAAGAACAGUUCUGCCAUAAAUUCAGUGGCUAUGACUCCUCCAUCCCCGCCGAAAUCUACGCCGCUCAGGGGCUCCUGUUGAUCGCCAUGUUCAUGGGCUUGCUGGGACUGACUGCCACAAUCUUUGCUCUGAGGAAUGUUUAUAUGGGAAUACCUCACAAAGCUCUUAUUACCCGUUUCUUCCUGGUGGGUGGCUGCUUCUACAUAUUUGCUGGUCUAUGCGUCCUGAUUCCCGUGAGCUGGAAUUUCUAUUCUGUAACACACAACCAGAGCAUUGCUUUUCCUCCUUCUUACUACAUGCCCUCCAGCCCAGUGGCACAGGAAGCCGGUGCCGCCAUUCCUGUCGGGAUUGUAGCUGUCAUCCUCCUGCUGCUAAGUGGGAUUUUUUCUCUCUUGUACAGAUUUCCGGUGACCACAAACACUAUCACAAAAUGCUGA